AUGGCUGCACCAGGCCCACCGCCCGGCCUCUCACCGCCUCACCCCUCCUCCUCUCCUCCUCUCCCACCCCACUUCUUACCCGGUCGCCUCACACGCGGAACGGGACCCCGGUAUGCACGCUCCUUCCUCCUCAAGCUGGCCGGCAGCCCGCUCGUACCUGCUGUGCCCGAUGAAAUGCCUGCCUUGACCGAGUGGUUUGGCGCCUACGAGCCUUACACGCCUAAAGCCCAUCAUCCCUAUCAGCAUCAGCACCACAACCAGCAGAGUGGGCCCAUGGGUAGCUUCCAGCAGACUGGGCGCAAUAAUCGCGAUCGAGGCGAUCGAGGCGAUCGAGGCGGCUAUCAUUCGCGAGAGGACGGCGCAGCGCAGGGAGGAGUCAUGGGAAUAGGCAUGGGCAUGGGAGAAGGCAAGAUGGACGGCACUGGAUACAUGGGCCGACGGGCGAGGGAUGGAGAGACGCGCGAAGGCAGAUAUCGCAAAACAGACGACUCAGAAGGCGGCGGAGCACAACGCUACGAUCGAGAUCGGCUCGCUCCUUCCACCUCUACCACCAACACCGGCUCCUCCUCGCGCUACCUCACAGGGAAAAAUCCCUUCGGCCAGCUCUCGAGUACGGGAGCCUUCCGUCCAGCAGGGAAGGAUCUGGAGAGCCCCACGAUGGGCAAGUUCGGCCUUGGAGGGCGCAUGGGUCGCGAGCGCGAAGAUCGACCUGGAGGCCGACGUCGCAAAGACGACAUGGCGGGAGCCGAGGAUGAUGCGAGUGGGGCAGACGGGUGGGAAACCGUGCCCCGAUCGCCGGAGACGGAACGCAAGCUUGCCCGACAGGCCGGAACAGGCGCUGGUACGGUUGCGGAUUCCGCGAGUGAUUGGAGGCGGGGUACGGCGGCUGGACCGGCUGGCCUUCCCAGGCGUGGCGAAGGAGCAGCAGGGGGGAUGCGCGCUACAAGGGCAGGAGGGGCUGGCGGGAUGCGCAGUAACGACGAUGGUAUCUCACGCCGUGGUGGAGGGGGCCCCUCCGGCUCCUUCCCCGCUUGGAUGGCAGACGAUGCCGAGCCCAGCUGGAUGGCCGACAACGACCCUUCUCCCUCCACGUCGGCGUCGCAACCCCACGAGCGUAAAGAGCGGGGCAAGCUCAACUUCGACGCCUUCAAGGGAUCGGAGAGUGCUGCGAUGAAUAUUCAUGUGGUGCCGAGGGAGGGCGAGGAUUCUAUUCAGGCGUUCAAAAGGGAGAUGAGAGAGAGGGAACGUAGGGCCAAGGAGAGGGAGGGAGGUGAAGAGCCGAGUGGCGAGGGGUCCAGGGAUUCAGCGACGGUGCAAGCGCAAGGUCCACCACCCGGGUUGAGCAAAGUCGCGCACACCAACAAUGACGAAGCAGAGAAGUCCAAGCCCAUUCCUACCUCGAUGGACGAAAACGACUCCAGACGUGACCGCGACCGGGACGAGGGGCGCACCUCAUCCACCCCUACAACCGGCGCGACUCCUUCCUCUCCCGCAGUUCAGCCCGCCUCGCGAGGAUCAUCUCGCUUCGCCCGCUUCUUCGACGGCGCCGCUGCGACAAACAAGGCGCGGGAGGCGCAGGAAAAGGCCCUUGCCGCCCACACUGCCGCCCAAGCGAAUGCCAGUGGCGGGGCUACUGCUGGUACUGGUGCUCCAUCGUCGUCCUCUGCGGCAGCUUCUUCGGCCGGACUGGAGGCCCUUUUCUGGAAGACGAGCGUGAGUGGCGCAGAGGGAGGGGCCGGAGGAGCGGGACAAGGCAAGGAGCCAAGCGAAGCGGACGUGCAGGGUAUGCAGAAAAUCAUGGCUAUGCUGCGUGGCGGCGGCGGAGGCGCCGGUGGUGGUGGCAACAAUGCAGGGGAGCCAGGAAGUAGCGGUCCAGGGCAGAGGGAAAGGGAGAGGGAAGUCGACGCCAAGUCGGGAGGAUCCCAGCAAGCCGCCGCUGGCUUGAUGGCCAUGCUGUCUUCCUCGCGCGAGGCGGAGCAGCCCCAGCAACAGCAACAGCCUGGGCGCCCCUCUUCCCCUCACCAGCAACGCAGCGGGAGCGGUACGGCUGGCCCACCCCCUCCUCCUCCGGGUCUUCGCCCUCCCACAAAUUCGAACACGAAUGGCGGAGGACGUCACUCCCCUCCAACCCACUUCAACCCAAACGCGCCCCUCCCCCCUCGAGCUCAAAGCCCCGGCGUAGCCUUCAACGAGCAGCAGCAGCAGCAGCAGCAAGGGCGAUCCCCGUACGGCUUGGCCCCGCCACAUGGCCCCCCUCCACCGGGCUUCGCGCCCGGUCCAGGGCCCCCUACGAGUCCAGGCGCGCCCGGUGGUAUGCUACCGCAUUUCGGCAUGGACCCAAGGAUGGACCCACGACUUCGCCCAGGGCCUCCACCCUCUGCCCCACCUGGGUUGAGCCCAGGUCAGCACCACCAACAAGGGCACGGCAACGUCAACGUCAACGGGGCUGGCUAUCCGCCCUCCCACCCUCACGCUCGUGCCCUCCCCCCGCACAUUCAACACCAGCUGAUGGGCCUCCCACCACACGUGCAGCACUCGAUCCUCUCAUCGGGCGGAGCACUCCCUCCUCCUCCUGGUCCACCACCGCCGCCGGGCCACCCUGCGCACCACCAACACUACGGUCCUCCCCCACCCGGGUUCGCGCCUCCGCCUAUGGGGCGAAGUGCUUCUCCUUUUGGCGGAUCGGGAGGAGGGGGAAGGUCUCCUUAUCCCGUGCAACAUGUUGGACCUUACGCGCAGCAACACCAGCAGGGAGGGCACUCACCGUACGCGGGGAAUAGCGGGAGUCCCGGAGCAGGUCCUCCCGGUAUGGGGGCAAUGUUUGGCGGGCAGGGGGGGAGGUAA